CUUCCUCGCCUCCAAUUUGAAACGUAUCCUUCGUGGGUUAUUCCACACCGACGGGUUUGCGCCCAGGGAUGCAGCUCAGCGCGACUGAAUUCGCUCACAAAUCCCGUUGGGUUUCCUUCACCGGCUGCUGAGAGUAGUCCUGCGGAGAUCUCUGUUGGUGUUGUCAUUGAAUUCAAGAUUUUUGAGGGUUGCGUAAUUAGCAGAGAAGAACAGGGGGUGGAGGAGAAACGAGACAGUACGAUACGAUACGAUACGAGGAGCGCGAAGUGGGGUCUUCGUUCGUUCGAGAGGUGUGGAAUCACUGCGUGUGCAAUCGGCGGUUGUGGCCGUGGUUUUUUUUGGACACAACAGUUUCAGGUAGUCUCCGAUGUGUGAGGUCUUCAAUGAGUCGGGCUUACUCUUGGAUGGGCGACAUCCACGAACACCUCCGGAAUGGAAUACGCCAUGAGCCAUUGUGAUUGUUUCUAACAAAGGAUCAUCAUGGUGGCACAUGCAGCGGUUGGCGUUGCCAUAGCGGUCACGUCGAUCUCCAGCUCGAAUUCUGUUUGUCUUGCAGAGUUCGAAAAUUGUCGUGUGCGAUUGUCCAAUGCCAGGGCCGUUGCAGAUACGAUGAAGUGCACCGGUGGAAAUUUGGAUCCUGGGAAAUGGAGAGAGAAUCAGAUCCUGAGCAUUAUUACCCUGCGAAGACAAGCUCUGAAAGUAUGUGCGGAUGUAAUUUGCCCUUGUAUGUUUGCUAUUUGUGCGAUGUGGAAGCAGAAAGCUUCAGUUGGUGCACUCAACUUGGCCCAGUGUCAUUCGACUCGCCUUUUGCCAUCUUCUGUCAAACAAACGGGAGGCAGUCCUUCGUCUUCGUUGAGAAGGCACGAUGUUGCUGUGCGCCCACGGAUGGGGGAGAUUGAGAAAAGGUUGGAGUUGUUGUUGUCAGUCCAGACUAAAUUAGAGGAAAGCGUAACGCCUCCUUCCAGGCAGAAGCAGGAGAGCGCUGAAAAAGAUAAUUUCUAUGUGAACUGUGGAUCUGCAAUCCGGAAUCUUAGAGAGGAGAUUCCCGCCUUAUUUUACACAGACCUUAACUACGACAUCUACAGAGAGGACAUCACAUUCAGUGAUCCAAUGAACACAUUCUCGGGAAUAGAGAAUUACAAAACUCUAUUCUGGGCACUUCGUUUCCAUGGCCGAAUCUUUUUCAAAGCUUUGUGGGUUGAAGUGAUUCGAGUAUGGCAACCCUCUGACAAGGUUAUAAUGAUUCGGUGGAUAGUGCGGGGCGUUCCACGAAUCCCUUGGGAGGCUCAAGGGCGGUUUGAGGGGACCUCUGAAUACAAGUUGGACAAGGAUGGGAAGAUCUACGCACAUAAAGUUGAUAAUGUCAUAAUGAACUCGCCUCCAAAGUAUGCCCCUCGCUCAGUUAUGGAUCUUGUGCGGGCCGCUGCGACGCAGGGUGCUCCGACACCGACAUAUUAUCAUCAAAUUGGUGUAUUCUCCUACGUGCAGCAGUUCACCUGGAUUCGUUUCUACUCGGCCUUGAGAAAUACUCUUGCGGCCACCUCGUCCACUGAAACUUGUGAUAUUCUGCCAAGUGCCAGCCUCAACCCUUAAAGUAGUUGUUUAACCUAUUUACAUUAUUUGUGAGCACGAGGAUGUAUUAUAUUGGAAAAGCAGUGGGUUAAGUCCAUAUGAUGAUGAGCAUGGUUUGAAUUUGAAGCACCACCACCCUCUAAUUGGAGCAGCAGUGGUAACCACAUCACGAAAAGAGGCCUGGUGCCUAACUAUUGUACUAUGGUUCUUAGGGUUCUUAACUCGAACAGAUGAUUUGAAAAGAGCUUUCCACACUUUGGUUUGGCGAAGGAUAGUGAAGGAGCUGCCUUCUUGGGUAUUUCCAAACCGCUGGAAAAGAAUGUGGGCAGUCUCCGGCAUUUUAAUAGUGCGCAAGCAAGCGGAGAGUUUAGCAAGGGUAGGCUGUAAUUUCCUUCGAAGCGGCCGGUGUAUUUCACUUGGGCCUGUGAGGAUUUUACUGUAUUAGACAUGAGAUGUUCAUAACAGAAGGAUCAUGCCAUCUUUUAUCCCCCCCCCCCUUUUUUUUUGUAAAGGUUUCAGUCCAUUUUUGAGUCCGACAA